AUGGCUGCCAAUUUUGAUGAGAUCGAAUCACAAUGUUUGAUCACUAUUUCUGAGUGUGGACGAGAUGUUCGAAAAGCUUUCUUUUAUUCGGUUUUUCUCUUUUUGAAGAUAAAGAGGAUGGAGAAUGGUGGACAGUAUGAAAACGGGCGGUACAAGCCGGAUUACAUCAAAGGGGCACAAUCUAUGUGGAAUAUGCUUCCUCAGCAUCAGAUCAAGGAGCAACACAAUGCGUUGGUGAUGAAUAAGAAGAUUAUGUCGAUCCUUGCUGAGAGGGACACAGCUUUACAGGAAAGAAAUCAAGCCGUCUCUGCGAAAAAGGAAGCAGUAGCAGCUCGGGAUGAAGCGCUUCAGCAACGUGACAAAGCUCUUUCUGAAAGAGACAAAGCCUUGAUAGAGAGAGACAAUGCAUUUGCUGCGCUUCAACACCAUGAGAAUAGUCUCAACUUUGCUUUGUCGGGUGGGAAGCGAAAUGGCGGGGAUGAUGGUUUCAGUGUUGGAGAAACUCACAAACUUGAAGCCUUCCCUAUAUCAAUUAUUCCGCCUGAGGUAGCCAACACGAAGGUGAACAAAAGGAAGAAGGAGAACAAGCAAGGACAACCAAAGGUGAAGAAAGUUGGUGAAGAUCUGAACCAUCGAGUUGCUGCUCCUGGAAAGAAAUCUAGAAAAGAUUGGGACAGUAACGAUGUCGGUUUAAACUUAGUCACAUUCGAUGAGACAACUAUGCCAAUACCGGUGUGCACAUGCACAGGCUCUGCACAUCAGAGUUACAAAUGGGGAAAUGGUGGUUGGCAAUCGUCUUGCUGCACAACCACCUUAUCUCAGUACCCAUUACCGCAGAUGCCAAACAAGAGGCAUUCUCGGGUGGAAGGUAGGAAAAUGAGCGGGAACGUUUUCUCGAUAUUACUCACUCGUUUAGCAGCAGAAGGAUAUGAUCUCGCAUGUCCCGUUGAUCUUAAAGACUAUUGGGCUAGGCACGGUACAAACCGCUACAUCACUAUCAAGUAG